AUGCCCCUCAUACCUAUUAACAUACCCCUUCUCCAGCUGCUCGACGAACUUUACCAGGCUCUUGGGGAAAGCGUCGAGCACGGGGUACGCGGGGCUGGCGAACUUUGUGGAGGUGAGUGCUUGGACGGACGUCUUGAGUUGCGCGAGCAUUCCGGGUACCUCGUGGGUGAAGUGUUUUUUGUCGGACACGUGGGAGAGGAGGGAUUGCAGGGCGGAGUGGAUGGUGAAAAUUCGGUCAGACUCAUCAGUAGACUUUUUACCGGGAACAUUAGGCAGGAAAAAUGA